AUGGGAUUUUCUCAUAUAUUUCUCAAGAACAAAACUAAGACUACUCCUGUCGAAAUAGUACGAGAAACUCGGAGGCUCUUGCUGUGUAUCAGUUCUGAUCAUGGUUUAAAACAAGAAGAGAAGAAGAAGAAGGCAGAUUUAAAACAAGAAGAGAAGGCGGCGGCAGCGCUGGCUAAGAAUAUCAGGGCUUUGAAGUCAAUUGCUUAUGGCAAUGAUGAGUCUUCUGCAGUCUCAAGAGCCUGUGCACAAUUGACAGAGGAGUUCUUCAGAGAGAACACACUUCCUCUCCUCAUCGCCUGUCUUCCGAAAUUGACCUUGGAGGCCCAGAGAGAUGCCACUCAAGUUGUUGCAAAUCUACUACGGCAUAAAGUUCAGUCCCGGUUGAUUGCAUCAGAAUACCUGGAGAAAAAUACUGAUGUUCUUGAUCUUUUGGUAGCAGGUUGUGGAAACAUGGACAUGGCUAUCCAAUACGGUGAAAUGCUAAGGGCGUGUCUGCGUCACCAGAGCGCUGCGAGAUAUGUUCUUGAAUCACCAACACAUCUGAAGAAGUUUUUUGAUUAUAUACAGCUUCGGUAUUUCGACAUUGCCUCAAAUGCCGCCUUAACGCUCAAAGAACUAUUGACAAGGCAUAAAUAUUCUCUAGUUCCUGAAUUUCUUUCUAAGAACUAUGAAUGGUUCUUCGCGGAUUUUAAUUCGAAGCUGCUGGAAUCCUCUGAUUAUUUUACAAGAAUACAAGCUACCAAGCUGCUCGGACACAUGCUGUUGGAUCACUCUAAUUCAGUUGUGAUGGCACGAUACGUGAGCUCGAGGAACAAUCUGAGGAUUGUUAUGAAUCUCCUCAGGGAUUCAAGUAAGUGCAUCCGGAUAGAGGCAUUUCAUGUUUUCAAGCUCUUUGCUGCAAAUCAAAAUAGGCCUUCCGACAUCAUCACCGUGCUUGUGGCAAACAGGUGCAAGCUUCUUCGUUUCCUUGCUGAUUUCAAGACAGAUAAAGAGGAUGAAUGUUUCGAGGCAGACAAGGCUCAAGUCAUGAAAGAAAUAGUUGCCCUUGAUCCUAGAGAUCAGAGCUAUGAGUGA